AUGUCUAUUGAUGAUACAACCUUUGAUAAUACAGCCUUUAAUGAAGAUUCUGAAUUGCAAUAUUCAUUUACUUUCGAACAUAACCAUCAUGAUGAAUUGAUGAUCGACCACGAACUAGUAAAAGCUAGUAGUAAUGAAAUCAACGAAGAGGCACAUGAAUCUAUAGAAGAAUCAGAUGAAGAAACAAAUAAAUUACCAUCGUUAGAAUUACCUACUUUUAAUCCUAUUUGUAAUCAUUAUCCACUUCAUAGAGGCUAUGCGAAACUUCCUCAUGAGUUUCAACUAGGUAUUAUAUCUCCACUUUCGCUUUUCCAAUUAUUUUUUACUGAUAAGCAAUUGCGUUUAAUAGUCGAGAAUAGUAAUACAUAUGAGCAAGUAAAGGGCAGAGAAGCACCGGGCCAACUUCAUUCAAAUUGGUAUUCUAAAGUAGAACCAUUCGCAUUACAUAUCCAAAGUACAGUUAAAAGAUUUUAUGUUCCUAGUUCACAGAGUAUUGGAGCUUGUGGCACUGUUCGUACGAAUUCAGCAAGUUUUCCUAAAGAGCUAAAAAUUGGUAAAGAAAUGGCAUUAGAUUGGGACACACUUUUUGAAAAAGUAGUUAAUGAUGUUUUAGCUGUUUUCUGA